AUGAGAUACAAAAGCAUUCCGGAACUGAACACCAGCGCAACAGACAACAAGUCUGAGGCCAGCAGAAUCACCCAGGUCCAGAACAGUCUUUGCGAUCUGGUCGAGCAGGUCUCCAGGCUCAAGCAGCAGGCGGCUUCCUCGGAGGCAAACGCUAACUCCUGGCAGCAGCAGGUGAAGCAGAUUCACAGCCUCAUCGAAAGAAAGCAGAAUGAAGACUCAGCAUCAAUGCGCGUGACCAACGAGGUGGAGGCCAAGGUUGGGGCUUUGUCUGCUCAAGUGGCAGACAUGGCCGCCAGGAUGUUGGAGGUGGAGGGCAACUUGGACUUCGUUCGUGAGAGCGACCUGCCGAGCGGGGAGGCUGCGUCGCCCGAGCGUGCUGCCCCGGACAAGGAGGUUCCGGCGCAGCCGAGUGCGCUGCAGGAGAAGCUGGAAGCCGUGGCCGAGCAUUUGGAGGUCGUUGACGACCUGUCGGAUCGGAUCGCAGAGCUGGAGCGCCGACUGAGUACAGGCCAAGACUUCCACCCCAACUUGGGAAGCUCAUCACCUGGACCAAUGUCUGAGGUGAGCUUUGGAGGCGAGGCUCCCCUGAAGGCUUCGAAUGCGCUGCCAGAUGGUGUUGCCAGCCAGCUUGGCGAGCUUCAGCUUCGAAUAGAUGCCAUCGAUUUGAAGAUGAAGUCCGUGCAGGAGGCUGCGCUGAAGCAAGGCCCACCUGAUGGGAAGGCCGAGGAGGAGGUCAAGCAGCUGCGCAGCGAGUCCGUGACCUGA